UUAGUGACCCGCAGCGGUUAGAGCAGUUAGUACAACAGUUAGUGGAGCAGUUUGUUUCAUGGAGGAAACGGCAACAUCGCUUCAUGCUGGCAGCCCUCUCGAGUCAAAAGUUCGGUUUUGCUGCUAAUGACACGGCUUCAGAACCAUGGCUGCAUCCACCCAUGAAUCACACGUCCACAACCAUGAACCACAUGGUUUCCACAACAUCACAUGUGAUUUAGAUGUACAAUCAUACCACUCUUUCCUAGUAGUGGUCUACAGCCUACUGUUCAUAGUGGGCUUUUGCCUCAACAGCUUCACCUUGUGGUUUCACUGCCGUGGAGCUCAUGGCCAAAUGUCCAAGAGCUGGAUGAUCUACCUGAAACAUCUGACAGCGGCUGACUUUCUGCUCUGCAUCACCCUCCCCCUGCGCAUCGUUUACUACUCCAGAAGCUCAUUCAUCGUCCACCUGCUCUACUGCAGCAUUGGAGCCACUCUAUUGUUCGUGAAUUGGGCUGCUAGCAUCCUGUUUAUGGCAUAUAUAGCAUCUAACAGGUACUUGAAGAUACUUUAUUCCCCGGGAAGUCACAUCCUGAUGAGCGCCAAAGCCAGCCGCAUCAUCUCAACAACCACCUGGGUUGUUCUCCUGGCCAUAACAACACCUUACGCCAUCAUGAUGCUGGUCAACGAGAAACAUCAUGAUGAUGAACACACUAUGUGUGACCAUCUGAUCAGUGAACCUGUCAAACCACUGCACGUACUGAGUCAUGGUGUUGCUUUAGUCAUCUUCCUGUCAGGAUUCGUCUCUCUGGUCUUUUUCUACUACAGCACCUCCCGCAGGGUGCUGCAGAUAGAGAAGGCCCAACUGGCCUCCCCCAACUCCAAGAAGCUUAUGAGGUCUCGCAGGAACAUGUUGGUGUUGGUCAGUGUGUUCUGCUUUUGCUUUGUUCCUUAUCACAUUGUUCAAAUUCCAUACAUCAUACUUGAGAAAAACUGUUGGGUAGAGUUGUACUACAUCAAGGAGUUUGCCGUUUUACUAUCAAUUUGUAACAUCUGUCUGGAUCCGCUUAUUUACGUCUUUCUUUGUAAGGAGUUCAGGGCUCAGCUUAACCUGAAAAAAAUAUUCCGUACAAAACGGAAGAGAAACACGUCCAGUUUGGAGGCAAGUAGCAGUGGAGAUCAGCUGAAUGUCGUCAACACCAUGUCAGAGCUCCAGGGUCAAAGAGAGCAAUAAGACUGGCACUGGUCAGAGUGUCUCACUGUUCAUUUACAAAUGGCAUGUGCUACAUGUAUGUAUGUUGGUGUGGAGGUAUUAAGAAUGUACUUAAGUGAUAUAAAGCAUAACUGGAUAAUUUCUGAACACAAGCUUAUUAAUUGAACCUCUCUGCUUCCAUUUACCUCCAACUUUCAGCUGGAACAGAUGAAUUUCCUGCUGUGGACAAUAAAUGACUAACCUGUGCUGUUGG